CGCGCGAACUCGGGGAACUUUGAUCCGCAGCUGCACAAGCGAAGGCGCAUGGGCCAGGCUUCCGCCAACAGUGCCCAAGUGCCCUCUUCCUGCCUCAACGUCAUCCGAACAUUCUCGCAGCCUGCCUACGCCUCCAGUCCACCUCGCUCUUCCACGUAACACUACCUCAGCGCCCGUUGCGCUUUUUGAGACUCAAUCCGCGCUACGUCAUCUCAUCCACUCUCAACCCGCGCCCCGCGUUCGCACGCUAGUUUUCCGCGCCUGGCCCGAUAAACUCCACCACACGACCACCGCGGAUACCCAGCCUCACACGCUCAUCGUUUGCUGUUUGCGCCCAGAGACCCGGUCACUGCGUUGCACACCUCCAAAGCUCGAAUCCCCACGAACCCGGUGCUACGCCGCACUCGAAGCUCCCACAAUGUCCGGCGAAGCGUGGCUAUACCUGUUGGCGGUGCUGAUAAACGCCGUCAACCUCUUCCUCCAGGUGUUUUUCACUAUUAUGUACAGCGAUUUGGAAUGCGACUACAUCAACCCCAUCGACCUCUGCAACCGCCUCAACACAUACAUUGUGCCCGAAGCCGCCGUCCACGCCUUCCUGACCUUCCUCUUCCUCAUCAAUGGCUACUGGAUGGCGCUGAUUUUGAAUCUGCCGCUGUUGGCUUGGAACGGCAGGAAGAUCUUCGAGAACCAGCACCUCUUGGAUGCGACUGAGAUCUUCAGGAAGCUGAAUGUGCACAAGAAGGAAUCAUUCAUCAAGCUGGGUUUCCACUUGAUCAUGUUCUUCUUCUACCUCUAUAGCAUGAUCGUUGCGCUCAUCCGGGACGAAUCUCACUAGACGCACGCCGCUCGAAAAGCAAUCGACAUGCCGCACCCGAAGUGUUUCCAAGCUUGACACUGGCUAGGGGCACCAAGCUCGCUCGGGCGCUGGAAUAUGGUUUUGGAGGUAGCCCACAAGAUCCGCGGCAACGGAACUGUUGGUAGAGAGCGGGGAUCAAGAUACCAUUCCGGAUUAUUACGCAGGCAAUGGAAUUGGACAAGGCGGGAACGGGGUUUUGGGUGGAUGAUUGAUAAUUGGACUAGCGCGAUGGACAGAGCCCACGUUCUCAUGGGCCAUGACAGCGUGUAUUUUGUUGUAAAUGAAUCAUUUCAUUAACGUGUAUAGACAGCCUUCUCAGUCUAG